CUCUGACAUUCAGACAUUUGAAACACACGCUCACCUACAAAGACACCACUUUCUCCAUCUGACACCACUAAUUAUCUAUCUAUAUAUCAAACACACACAUGCACACACACGCACACACACACACUUGUGUGUGUGUUUUCGGUCAGUGGUUUUCCAAUGAAGCGUUUCUUUGGGCUGGUGUUGGAGCGACUGGUGCUUUUGUCUAAGAACCUCAAACCGAGUAAAUGCAGGAAACAGAAGAAGAAGAAGAAGCUGAAAACCAGGGAAACCAAAGCAUCGGUGAUCCUGACGGUUUACCUCAAUGACACCCAGCAGAUGCUAACUGAGGUCCCAGUUACUCCGGCAACCAGAGUGGUUGAUGUGGUCGAAUACUGCAAAGAAGCCGGCGAGGGGGAGUGUCACCUAGCGGAAGUAUGGAAUGGGCAUGAGCGAGUUCUCCCUCUGGAGUUGUUAUUGUUGGAUCUCCUCCAGCAGUGGGGAGCCAGGAGGCCGGAGGUCAGCUUCUACCUCAGACACUGCCCCUCCGGGACACAAGGAAGUCAGCAGCCUUUGGAGCAGAGCUGGACCACAGAAGCAACAGAGAGUGCUAAUGACAGGGUUCCCCGUGUGGAGCUGACCCUCUCUGAGCUCCAGGAAAUGGCCACAAGACAACAGCAACAAAUAGAGGCUCAGCAACAGAUGUUGGUCGCCAAGGAGCAGAGACUAAGGUAUCUUCACCAGGGAGGCAGAUCCAACCAGGGGCAGACACAGUCUGAGGCUGAGAAGCUGCAGCGGCUGAAGGAGCGAGUAGAGACUCAGGAAGCCAAGCUGAAGAAGAUCCGAGCCAUGAGAGGACAAGUCGACUACAGUAAACUGAUCAACGGAAACCUCUCUGCAGAGAUUGACCAUGUUAGCAGCCUGUUUCAGGAGAAGCAGGCAGAACUGCAGUCUGCUGUGGUCCGAGUUGACCAGUUGACCCAGCAGCUGGAUGAUUUGAGAAGAGGACGCCUUCAGCUACACUCUGUUGCACCAGCUCAGGGGGCACACACCGGGUCCCAGGGUGCACCCACAGGCCAGAAAGGAUCACCCCUGUCUGGUCCUGCAGCCCUGGAACUGAGGAAGCUCUACCAGGAGCUGCAGGCCCGUAACCGUCAUAACCUGGAGCAGAGCAGCAAGUUGGCCCAGAAUAAGGAGCUGCUGAACAAGAGGAACGCCCAGGUGACGGUGAUGGAUCAGCGCAUCGGAGACCUGAGAGAACGACUGCAUAAGAAGAGAGCAGAACUGAGUCGUAUGAAUGGAGGAGGCUUGUCCUCUCCUCAGACCCCUUCCCACCCAGCCGGCGGUGUUUCGGGUCGAGUAGCGGCUGUCUGUCCUUACAUCCAGGUUCCGGCAGAGGGGAGACAGGAGGCGGGGUACCACCUGCCAGCUGACCCACCACCCAAACCCACACCGCUCAGCCACAUCCGCUCCCUCUCAGAGGAGGACAGGAGUGGCAUCAGGAAGCCUCCCAGCCAAUGGAAAGUGUCAGAUUUAGACAUCGUCCUGUCAGAGCCCACUGAGACGUGGGAGGGACCUCAGUCCCCUAAGGGGGGCGACAGUAACAACACUAAUGAAGCAUCCUGGCCGAGCAUCAGUAAGAGUGGGUCAGAUUGGAGGACCAACAGUCCAGAACAGCAUCCCACUGGUUAUGGUACCUACCCCAGUGCCACCCACCAGGCUGCAGGGCAUCAGUGUGCCACCAGCUCCCUGCCCCGUUCUGCCCCUGGUACACUGGGCUGGCCCCGAUCCAGUCCUGUAAAUGCCUCCUCUUCCUCUACAUCAUCUUCCUCUUCACAACAAAUACAGCAACGGAUCUCUGUCCCUCCAAAUUCAAGUCAAGGCCCUGCCACCACCUCCCAACCCUCUCCCUUGUCCCCACAAACAGAGCGAACAGAUCCCCCUCCAGCGGUGGCUGUGCGUCCCUACGUCCCAGAUCACCCCUCCAGGCCCCAGUCCCCCAGGAAGGGCCCCGCCACCAUGAACAGCAGCUCCAUCUACAGCAUGUACCUCCAGCACCCUCAGGCCAAAAACUAUGGAUCUCUCAGCAAUAGGACUACUGUCAAAGCAGUCUACGGUAAACCCAUCCUCCCCACCUCCUCCACCUCUCCGUCCCCUGUCCCUUUUCUCCAGGGAGGAGGAGGAGGAGUAAGAGCAGGAGUAGAGGAUGUUACAGAUAAAGAUGUAGGCAAAGGAGGAGGUGAGAGCAGUGAUGGGCAGAUCCUCCCUCCACCCAGUGUGGACAACAUCCCUCGUCCCCUCAGUCCCACUAAGCUCACCCCAGUCGCCCAUUCCCAGCUACGUUACCAGAGUGAUGCUGACCUGGAAGUUCUCCGCCGACGCCUCAGCAAUGCCCCACGACCCCUAAAGAAACGGAGCUCCAUCACUGAGCCUGAGGGCCCACAGGGGCCAAACAUCCAAAAACUACUAUAUCAGAGGUUCAACACGUUGGCCGGAGGCAUGGAAGGAGGCUCAGGCAAUACUUUCUACCAACCUGAGUGCAUUUUGGGUGACAUGGACAACAUCCAUUCUGCAAACGGGAAUGUCGAACCUGGUGACAAGCACGUCAGUAUGGCAACCGUGGAGGGCGAAGUUCAAAACCUGAACUCGGGCUCCCGCGGCUUGUCUCCUCCCUCUGUUGCCAUAGAAACAUCCAAAGAGAUGACAGCUAAAGUGGAAACUAUCAAUAACGUGCCCCGAUCAACCCAACCCAGCUCGUCCCCUGCACUCGAUAGGCCGGAGGACCAGAACAAUAACAACCAGAAAGGAUCUAGUCCCGCACACAACUCUGUGGGCCAUGCCUCCCCUUCUAUAUCACCUCCUGCACCACCUUCACUGCCUAAGGUGAAGCGAACCAACCUGAAGAAGCCAUCAUCAGAGCGAACAGGCCACGGUCUGAGAGUAAAGUUUAACCCUCUAGCUCUGCUGCUGGACGCAUCAUUAGAGGGAGAGUUUGAUCUGGUGCAGAGGAUUAUAUAUGAGGUGGAAAAUCCCAGUAUGCCUAAUGAUGAAGGCAUAACACCUCUUCAUAAUGCUGUCUGCGCUGGUCAUCACCAUAUUGUGAAGUUCCUGCUGGACUUUGGAGUUAAUGUAAAUGCAGCCGACAGUGACGGAUGGACUCCUCUGCACUGUGCAGCUUCGUGUAACAGCGUCCACCUCUGUAAGAUGCUGGUGGAGUCGGGGGCUGCCAUUUUCGCCACAACGAUUAGUGACGUCGAAACGGCGGCAGACAAAUGUGAAGAAAUGGAGGAGGGCUAUACACAGUGCUCUCAGUUCCUCUAUGGCGUACAAGAAAAGUUGGGUGUGAUGAACAAAGGCUUGCUCUACGCUCUCUGGGACUACACGGCCCAGCAGGCCGAUGAGCUGUCCUUCAGCGAGGGUGACGCCCUCACCGUGCUGCGUCGGCGUGACGACACUGAGACAGAGUGGUGGUGGGCACGGCUUAACGACCGCGAGGGAUACGUACCCAGAAACCUGCUGGGGCUAUAUCCAAGGAUCAAACCCAGACAACGUUCACUGGCAUGAAGCCCAGAUCCCACUCGCAGAGGGCGCAUGCACACGGAGAAGAAGAGGAGCAGCAGCAGCAUGUGGGCGGAAGCAUUAGCCGAGAAAGAAAGAACAAAGGAUGGAGGGAGUCGGGAGGCUGAGUGAGGGAAGAAAGGAGAUGGACAAAAGAUGGAGUUCACAACUCUGAUGAAGCAACUUUUUUCCCCGUUUGUUUGGAUGUAAUGCUGGAAUCACAGAGCCACUUUAUGAUAGAAUCAUAAUAUAUUUUCACUGAGUUGCUGCAGUUAGAAGAAUCGCCUGAAUUUUAUUUUGAGCAACAGUCGCUUGGCAACUUUACAUGAGUUCAGCUGCAUGAGAGAAGCUGAAUAGGAAAAAAAA